GAGUGUUAUUGAAGUAAACAGAUAAAAUAUCAUAAUAAAUAUUUAUGCCGGCUAUUUUAAUCGGUUGUUUAGAGCUUCUGUGCAAUCAAUUAGCACUUUUAAACAUUUAACACAAGCACCUUGUUUUUAAUAUAAAAUAUGAUAUUAAAUAGUAUCGGCCAAUCAUUUUUAAUUAGAUCACAAAAUGAAAAAGCAAAUAUACCGGCACAUAUCAAUGAUGAUAUGACACAGAAAGAUGCGCCAAUAUUGCUAAAUGACAUCGAUAUGAUAAAAUACACAAGUAAACCUGUAGAAUGGCACGGUUGUUUAUAUACAUCAAAAAACAUAUAUGACGAGUUACAAAAGCAGUUCAAUCAACUUUCAAUUCCUGUUUGUAUUCUCGAUGCAAAUGUGCCUAAUAAGUUUAAGCUUGGUGAUAAAGAAUGUGAAAUUACAAUGUUUCCAAUUAAGGACAAAGUGGUGGUUUUUUUAAUAAAAGAUGGAUAUACAACAAAUCUACACACAAACAAUUUGGGAGAUUUCACAAUCUUUAGUUUAAGUCCAGGUUUAAGAGAGGCUAUUAGAGCUGGCAUUGAUGUUUUAUAUAUAAAUGACACCGUAUUUCAAAAAGAUAUUUCAGCAACAUUCGUAGAAAAUCAUCCCGAUGAAGAACUUUUAGAAGCGUUUGUAUAUGUUGUUCAACCACUUAAAGUUAUUGGAACUACUGGUGCAACAAUACCACAAAGUAUUCGAGAAUUAUGUAAGGAAAAUGAACCUCAUUGGGCAAAUAAUUCAUACAAAAGACAGUAAAUUUUUUUGUUUGAUAUAAAGUUUAAUUUAUUCUAAAAAUGAAAUUGUCACAAUAAUAAUUAUAAUGAA